CUGACUGACUGACUUGGUUUCAAAUUUCUCUCCUUUCUCAUCCCCCCCCCCUCUGUCCCCUAUUCACUCGCUUUCUUGCCGUGCUUCGCUCGGUUUCUCUCUCACUUGACGGCCCGUCUGCCAAACUACACUACUCCAACGACAAAUUCCCGACGGCAAUCACGCCAUGGGCCGCUUCGGGUUCAAGAAGUCCGGGGACGAUGACGAUGAUUCCCCCAACCGCCUGGCGCUGUUCGGCUCCAGAUCAAAGAGCAAGAGUCCAGCACCGCCUGCCAACCCCUAUGCCAAACCCAUCCCGACCGACCCUUACACCAAGGCCAAGAUCAACGCCGGAGUCGCCCCCUUACCGGCGGGAGAACACCCCCCCGCACCCUCAGCCGGCCCCUCGGGCGCCCACAACAUCCCGGGAGACCACAAAUACCAAGGAUAUGCGCCCAACCGAUAUGGCAACCAGGGCGGCUUCGGAUCCGACCGCUUUGGCGGCGGAGGGGCUGCUCCUGCGGCGGCGGCGUCCCGGUACGGCGCCGGCGGCUACGGGGGGUUAGGCAGCGCCGAUCCCAAUGACCCCGCCGCGGCGGAUAGCAACAGAGAUGCCCUUUUCGGAGGGGCUCGCGAACGCGUGCAGCAACAGCAGCCCGGCGGUUCAGGCGGUCCUCCCCCUCCGUAUUCCGAGGGUUCGGCGGCCUACGGUGGCGGCAGCAACGACUACAACACAUCCACGUAUCAGGAGCGACAACUCACCGCAGAGGAGGAAGAGGAGGAGGAGAUUCAAACCAUCAAGCAGGAUAUCCGGUUCAUCAAGCAGGGUGAUGUUUCCUCGACUCGCAACGCCCUUCGCAUUGCCGCACAGGCCGAGGAAACUGGUCGCGAGACCCUUGCUCGUCUGGGUGCCCAGGGAGAGCGGAUCCACGAUGCAGAGAAGAGUUUAGAUGUGGCGACGGUCGAGGGACGGAUUGCGGAGGAGAAGGCGAAGGAGCUGAAGACGCUCAACAAGAGCAUGUUCGCGGUCCACGUGUCCAACCCCUUCACCAGCGGCCGCCGCCGCCGCGAGCGUGAUGAGCGGAUUUUGAACACCCACCGCGCGGAGCGGGACACUCGUGAGGGCACCCAGAACGAGGCCUUCAAGACCAACCAACGGAUGGAGCGCACGUUCCGCGAAAUCGACAAGGAAGCGGCCAAGCAGAGCACCCGCAGCCGGACGAACGUCACAGACCGUGCCAAAUACCAGUUCGAGGCGGACAGCGAGGACGAGGCGAUGGAGACGGAGAUCGAGCAGAACUUGGAUCUGCUGUCGGGCGCUGCAGGCCGUUUGAACGGACUUGCCCGAGCGACGGGCAAGGAGUUGGACGAGCAGAACCGCCAUCUGGAGCGUAUCACCGCCAAGAGCGACUUCGUCGACGACCAGAUUGCCAUGAACCGGGCCAAGCUGGACCGUAUCCGCUAAGCGGGCUUCUAGACCCUUUAUUGACUGCCUGGUGCGGUCGAUUCUUACCUGUGCCAUAUCAUCACUUACUACCACAUCCUUGGCGUUCUGGAUAUCAUACUACUUUAUGCUUGCUGCCGGAUCCUCCCGGGCAUUGCUGGUUGCAUAUGGAGGAAGUAAUAGCCGCGAUUAGAGAUUUUACCCUUGUUCUUGCUUACAUGGAAUCAAACAUGGGGCCUCUAAGUGGACUCUAUUGUCUUCGUA